UCAAUUUUCUCCAGUAAAUUAGUACUCUUGCAACUUCGUCCAUGGCCUUCAUCGGAGAUUCUUCCUCUUCCUCCUCUUCCGUCACCCGUCAAUGGGCUCACGAUGUGUUCUUGAGCUUUAGAGGCGAAGAUACUCGAAACAAUUUUACUGCUCAUCUAUAUGCAGCUUUGGAUCAAAAGGGAAUCAACACCUACAUAGAUAAUGACCUCGAAAGAGGAGAGAAAAUUUCUCCAACACUUCUCAAAGCUAUUGAAGAGUCAAGAAUUUCAGUCAUUGUGCUCUCUCAAAACUAUGCAUCUUCCUCAUGGUGCUUGGAUGAACUUGCAACGAUCCUUGAGUGUAAGGAAACAAAGGGACAAAUUGUUCUACCAGUGUUUUACAAGGUAGAUCCAUCAGAAGUACGAUAUCAAAGAAAUAGUUUUGGAGAAGCAUUUGUCAAACAUGAAGAAAGAUUCAAAGAUGAUCAAAUGAAGGUGCAGAGGUGGAAGACAGUCCUAACACAAGUGGCCACUUUGUCCGGGUGGAAUUUAGGGAACAGGAAUGAGCAUGACUUUAUUCAGGAAAUCAUUGAAUGGGUGAAUUCAAUGUUAGUAAAAGAGACAUAUUUUCAAGUUGCCAAGUAUCCAGUUGGAUUAGAGUCUCGUGUAAAAGCUAUGAAGUCGCGUUUAGAUAUAAAGAAGAAAGACAAUACAUACAUGGUAGGGAUAGUCGGAACUGGUGGAAUCGGUAAGACAACUCUAGCCAAAGCCAUCUACAACUCGAUUGCUUCUCAGUUUGAAGGUAGUUGUUUUCUUGAAAACGUUAGAGAAACUUCCGGCCAAAAGGACGGCCUGAUCCAUUUACAAAAUAAACUUUUAUCAAAGAUCCUAGGAGGUUCAAAUCAUAUGGUUGACAAUGUUGAUCAAGGAGUUACUUUGAUAAAGGAGAGGCUUCAUCUAAAAAGGAUACUUUUAGUUCUUGAUGAUGUGGAUAAGUCAGUCCAAUUAGAUAAGUUAGCUGGAAAAACUGAUUGGUUUGGCUUAGGAAGUAGAAUUAUCAUAACUACAAGAGAUAAACAUUUUGCACAUGAUCGAGUUGAAUCAAUUUACCCUGUGAAUGAGUUGGAUCACGACGAAGCUCUUCGGCUUUUUAGUUUGAAUGCCUUCGAAAGUGACAAACCUAAUGACGAUUAUGUUGGAGUCACAGAAGAUGCAAUACGUUAUUGUGGAGGAUUGCCACUAGCUUUAACAGGAACAAACAAAGUUGAGGGCAUAUUGAUAGAUUUGCCUAAUUCAGACUUGAUACACUUGAGUCCCAAAGCCUUUAAGAAGAUGACAAGGCUCAGGCUAUUUAUAAGUCGUAAUGCACGUCUUUCUGAAGAGCCUAAUUUUCUCUCUAAUAAAUUAAGAGUAAUAGAUUGGGCUGAAUAUUCUGGAGAAUCUUUUCCAUCCAAUUUUUGUGGAAAGUACCUUGUGAUUUUAAGAAUGGCUCAUAGUCGUAUCAAGAUAUUGGACAGAGUUCAGCAAUUCCAAAACUUGACAACUAUGGAUUUCCAUAAUUGUGAAUUCCUUGAAAAAAUUCCUGAUGUUUCAAGAAUCCCAAAUUUAGAGUUGUUGAAACUUGAUGAUUGCAAAAAUCUAGUUGAAGUUCAUUGUUCUGUUGGAUUCCUUGAAAAGCUCAACGAGCUGAUCAUUCGAUCUUGCUCUAAUCUUAGAAGUUUCCCGAAAAGCUUCAAGUCGAGAUCUCUAGAGAAAAUCGAUUUUUGGAAAUUUUCAAUGCUUAAGAACUUUCCUGAAAUGGAAUGUGUAGAGGAUAUUUACUGUUGUGAUUCCUUAAGGGCACUUGAUUGGGGCUCCACGUUCACGUUGUACCAUUUAGAUCUAUCGGGGAGUGGUAUUGUUACCCUUUCUCGAUGUAUCGAAAGUUUUGUUGGAAUGAAGUUCCUUUCUUUGGUUGGAUGCGAGCAACUUCGAGAAAUUCUAGGACUUCCACCAAAUGUAGAAGAAGUAAGUGCUAGUAGGUGCGUGUCGUUGGAAAUAUUUUUAGAAGGAAGUAGAAAAUCUCUAUUGUUUAAUACGGAGGAUCCACCAGAGCAUAUGGGGGUUGGAACAGAAAUUCCAGCACAACAAUCAUUGAGAAAGAUAGAUUUAUCGUAUAGCGGUAUUGUUAGCCUGCCUAUAUGGUUCAACAAAUUUGUCAAAUUGGAGCAGCUUCACUUGAGUUUUUGCAAGCAACUUCGAAAAAUUCUAGUACUCCCACCAAAUGUAAGAAAAGUGUAUGCUCCAGGUUGCUCAUCAUUGGAAGUAUUUUUAGGAGAAGCUGGAAGAUCUCAAUUGUUUAAUACAUUUGUCCCACCAAAUCUUUUGUGGAAUGGAACAGCAUCUUCGGCACUGCAACCAUUGGAACAAAAGUUUCAACUUGAAUGCUCUUUCAAUAGUUUGAAACGUCUAGAGCUAAGCGGUAGCGCUAUUGUUAGCCUUCCUAUAUGGUUCAACAAAUUUGUCAAAUUGGGGGAGCUUAACUUGAGUAAUUGCAAGCAACUUCGAAAAAUUCUAGUACUCCCACCAAAUGUAAGAGAAGUGUAUGCUCCAGGUUGCUCAUCAUUGGAAGUAUUUUUAGGAGAAGCUGGAAGAUCUCAAUUGUUUAAUACAGUUGUCCCACCAAAUCUUUUGUGGAAUGGAACAGCAUCUUCGGCACUGCAACCAUUGGAACAAAAGUUUCAACUUGAAUGCUCUUUCAAUAGUUUGAAACGUCUAGAGCUAAGCGGUAGCGCUAUUGUUAGCCUUCCUAUAUGGUUCAACAAAUUUGUCAAAUUGGGGGAGCUUAACUUGAGUAAUUGCAAGCAACUUCGAAAAAUUCUAGUACUCCCACCAAAUGUAAGAGAAGUGUAUGCUCCAGGUUGCUCAUCAUUGGAAGUAUUUUUAGGAGAAGCUGGAAGAUCUCAAUUGUUUAAUACAGUUGUCCCACCAAAUCUUUUGUGGAAUGGAACAGCAUCUUCGGCACUGCAACCAUUGGAACAAAAGUUUCAACUUGAAUGCUCUUUCAAUAGUUUGGAACGUCUAGAUCUAAGCAGAAGCGCUAUUGUUAGCCUUCCUAUAUGGUUCAACAAAUUUGUCAAAUUGGAGAAGCUUCGCUUGAAAUAUUGCAAGCAACUUCAAGAAGUUCCAGAGCUUCCACGAAAUAUAAGAUCUGUAGAUUUGGGUGGAUGCACGUCAUUGGAAAGAUUUCCAUUUAAUAACUUCCCAAAGCUAUGGUGGAUGGACUUCUCCUAUUGCCCUGAACAAAUAGGGAAUGCUGUACACAAUCAUUUAUUCAGUGAGGGACAUCCUAAGGUCGGUGGUUUUAAGUGUAUAUAUCCGGGAAAUAGGAUUCCAGAUUGCUUCAGCUAUUAUAAAGAGGUUUCAAAUACUAAUUUGUGUGAAAUAGAUACCGGGCCUCUACAUUUUGAUUCAAAGAAUACAAUAUUUGCUUUCUCUGCUGUUAUUGGAAGGAGGGAUCAUGGAAAGCAUCAAUCUACUUUUUAUAUUCAGUUUGAAGUCUUCAAUAAUGGUCAGGAAAAUCGUUCUAAUCGCGCUAUUAUGAAACGUCAGACCACCAGGCCAGAUCAUGUAAUUUUAAUUUACAAAUCAUACCAUUCUCAGCUAACGACGAAUAAUCUUCGAGUUAAAUUUGGAAUCUAUCAUCGUCCACCGUUAGUGUUCUUUAAAAGCUGUGCAUUCCAUAUAAUAGAACAAGGGUAUGAUGAUGAUGAUGAUGAUUAUGAAAGCGACUGGAAUCCAAUAGAACAGAGAUAGGAUGAUGAUGAUGAUGAUGAUGAACGGCACAAUUUACAUUUCUGUUCUAAGAGACGCCGUAAUGACGAUGAUGAAGAAGAUGGUGAUGGUACCCACAACAACAGAGGCAUUCUUCGCUCCAGAAAAUUGUAUAGCUGCCAAGAUCUGAGAAUGAAAUUAAAUGCUUCUCAACACCCUUGUGGUGGACUCUACCAACAUGGAAAACGCAUCCUUCAUUGUGUCAAGCCCAUAAUUACAGGCACCAACUUGUGUACUCUCACUUUCGCUGAGGAAUUUCAGAUGCCUCUUGGUGAAUCGCAAUUACAUCAAUCAAAUCACCCCCAGAACUUGGGUUAUAAUAAUGAUAUAAUGGAUCCUUGACUCAGUUGGAUGAUCAUUAUAAUCUUCAUGUGGAUGGUUCUCAUACGGAUGGUGCUCGAGGGUUCACUGGUCUAUUGCCUGCCUAGCUAUAACUCAUCUGCUUCUGGGACACUUGUGGGUGCUGACGGGCAGUGUGCCGGCCAACAACAAUAUUUUCCUUCCUCAGGAUAUGUUCAGCAACAUGUCUCCUGUGGAUCAGAAGCUUUUUCUAUUCAUUUUUAGAGGGAAAAUUUUGUUUACUCUGUCUCCUUUGGAUCAAUCUUUUGUGUCAGAGGUUGGACUAUUUUUUCCAAGUAAAAUGGCUUAAACUCUAUGAAAAUAUUUGGCAACACUGCUAAUAAAUUUUCAAAGUCUAUUCCUCGUACAACACCAAUCAAAACACUGAACAAGGUACUUCAUUUUUUGUUAGCUAAAUCACAUGUUUUCUCAUUUUCAUGUGGUAAAACCAUGGUACAAAGUACAAUUAAAUUGGAUUUUAGCUUGAUGCUUUUUCUUAAUUUUAAUUUCAUUGGAGACUUAUUUGCUAAAGAGCUGGAUAGAUGAGUAUGAUAGUAUGGUCAUGCUGCUGUCGAUGCUUGGACUAGAUAGAAGAUAAAAAGCUAAGAAGGGUAAAUAAUUUUUUUAAUAGAAAUAGCUGAUGUUAAUAGUCAUUGGUUGGGGAUUAUUU